UCUGGUUUGUGGUGUUCAGGGCCUUGAUAAACCAAGUAUGUUUCAUCUUAUACGACGAUGCUCCUUCCAGAUACCUUUCAAACUCCAGAAGUUAACUGGUCCCAGACUGCUACAGUAUGGAAGGAAUAAGACAGCUUGCUCUUCUCUCAUCCUCCACCUGCAGAGAGAUGUUUGUCUUCGUUCAAGAUCUCCAAGUCUCGACCAAGCAUCGAUACAUGCAACCAAGCUACAGGCAUUUCAUACCUCUAUCCCCCUUUUAAAGAAAAAACCCCCCAAAGAACCUGAGACUAAAGCCUUGGACCCGACGCAAUACAGUAUGAAGUCACUAAAGGAUUCUCCAAAGCCAGCCCUUUACUUAAGCCUUGCAGGGCUAAUUCCGUUUGUUUCGGCACCCCUGGUGAUGGCCAUCCAAGGGACCUACUACCCUGAGCUGGCGUUUGCUCAGAUUACAUAUGGUGCCAUAAUAGUCUCUUUUCUAGGAGGAAUCAGGUGGGGUUUUGCUGUCCCAGAAAACAGUCCAGCCAAGCCUGACUGGCUGAACCUGGCUAACAGUACAGUUCCUCCUUUAUUUGCUUGGCAGGCCUUACUUUUUAAAGAUGUCACUCAUGGCGCAAUCCUGCUUGUAAUGGGUUUAGGAAUAGCACUGCAUUAUGACCUUGGCCUUCUUCCUACUUACCCUAGUUGGUUUAAAGCGCUGAGGAUUGUGGUAACAGUGCUGGCAGUAGUAUCACUACUGGCCACUGCAGCACUGAAGACAAUUGAUUCAGAGAAGCAGUUAAGUAGCAGCACAAAUAAAUGCAAGAACACAAAAUAAGAAAACUAGAGGAAAGAGGUAUUUAUUUGUGAACAAGGCAUUUGUAUUGAGUUCCAGCAAAAAUAAAAAAAAGUGGUUGUGCUUAGAAGUCAUAAGAUAGCACCAUUCAAGAUGCUUGUACCAGAAGCAAACAGCUUCUUAGCAAGUUUAGCAGGGAAGGACUGUACAUACUGAUCACUUUCAAGCCUGGCAUGAAUCUGGUCUUACCUGCAGAAUAAAGUAUCACUCUAAAAUGAGACAAGAUGUCACUGCCCUAUGAAUUUAAGAUGGACAGUCAUCUGACAAGAAUAUGAAUUGCUUUAUUGAAUUACUGAAGUAUCUGGCUUAACUGCAACAUGUGAUAAUGUUCUGUGUUGGGUAGAACAAUCAGGCAACCGUAAGCAAAUGUUCUAAAGGAAGGUGAAAGCAAGGUGAAGCAAUUCUUGCUCCCUGAGAAGACACUUCUGAUCCAGUGUAGUUUAUUAUUUAGGGAAAUGGAAGAGAAGUACAUACUGAUUCAGUUGCUAUUUUGUAGAGAUGCAAAAAAAAAAAAAAAAAAAAGAAAAACCCCAACAAAAAACUCUGCCUCAUUUCAGCAGAGAAGAUGCUGAAAGUGCUAUGUGAUGAAACAUUAGUCAGGUAACAAAGGAUAGGCAAGGCAAGGCAUGGCAAAGCAGAGUUUGUUUGCAGCAACAAGCCCAGGGCAAGGGUUGUUUGCAGCGACAAGCAAAGGUCAGCGUUUACCUUAAGUAGUUUAUCCACCAUUGUGAGAAGUAUAGAAAGCUAGAGGAGAAAGCUAACACUUGUAUCUUCUGUAAGGUGCCACCAGAGACAAAAAGAUUAGCUUCCUGCAUAGGCUUGUUGAAAUAAGUAAUAUCUGAUCCAGCUGUUUCUAGAUUUUGUUUAGACUGCAGGUUACCUAGCCAAGGAAGCUGCAUGCAACAUAGCCAUAAAGAACCGUCAUAGUCCUACGUGAAAGUACUAUCAAAUGAUGCUUGGUAUGAUAUGACACAAACGCUCCAUCUCUGGCACUAAGGGACCAAAUAAUGGGACUCAAAAUGAGUUUGUGCCCUCUCCCUCAACACAGUAACUGAAUUUGAGCACCUGGGACAGGUAGAAACAGACUUAUGUCCUACCAACCGGCGGGGGGGGGGGGGGGCUACUGUUGAAAACACUAAAUGUGAAGAGAUUAUGCUUUUUCCACGUUGUAACUUCUUCCCCCAUAUACUGUGAAAGGAAGUCACAUGGAUUUUUUUCCCCUCAGCUGCCUCAAUAAACCGAAGGAGUUGUAUUUGUGUAUGUUCUGUAGGCUUUUCAUCGUAAGGACACUAUGAGAAGCAAGAAGAAAGCCAAAAAAUUACGACUAGACACAUACUUAGCACCAGUUUAGGUAAUCCUCACAGUUCUCUUGAAGUACCAUUCUACAUAUGUGUUUAAUAAAGAACGAAGCACCUGCUGUAA